CUAAAUUAAACUUGGUAAAGAACAAUUUUCUGCCCUAAACCCUAUAGUGGUUGGACGCCUCCCUCACUGCUUAAGCUCCACUCUGGGCGGCGGCGGCGGCGGCAGCGUCGAUGGAUUUCAUGGACGGGGACUUUGAACUGAGAGAGAUCCAGAAGCUGGAGGGCCAUUCCGAUCGGGUCUGGAGCCUUGCGUGGAACCCCGUGACCGGUGGCUCUUCCGGGAUGUUGGCCUCUUGCAGUGGCGAUAAGACGGUUAGAAUCUGGCAGAAGGGGCCUUCCGGUUCCUGGGAAUGCUCGGCUGUUUUAGAAGAUACUCAUACUCGUACAGUUCGUUCUUGUGCGUGGUCACCAAGUGGAACAUUAUUGGCCACAGCCAGUUUUGAUGGUACAACUGCUAUAUGGGAAAAUGUUGGCGGUGACUUUGUAUGUGUUACAACGCUAGAGGGUCAUGAUAAUGAAGUGAAGAGUGUUGCGUGGAGUGCUUCUGGUUCCUUGCUUGCAACGUGUGCUCGAGAUAAGACUGUUUGGAUUUGGGAAAUGCAACCGGGCAAUGAGUUUGAGUGUGUUUCGGUGUUGCAAGGUCACACACAGGAUGUAAAGAUGGUACAAUGGCAUCCAUUUUUGGAGGUUUUGGUAUCUGUUAGCUAUGAUAACUCUAUAAAGGUCUGGACCGAAGAUGGUGAUGAUGAUGAUUGGCAGUGUGCACAAACAAUAACUGAAGCUAGCAGUGGUCACACAUCUACUGUCUGGGCAUUAUCGUUCAACUCCUCUGGCGACAAAAUGGCUACAUGCGGUGAUGAUCUGACCUUGAAAUUAUGGGGUACCUCAUCUGGGAUAAGCAAUGGAAUUGAAUCGUGGCAACAUCUAUCGACUCUUUCUGGGUAUCAUGAUCGAACAAUAUUCUCCGUUCACUGGUCAAGGGAAGGUUUAAUUGCGAGUGGAGCAGGAGAUGAUGCUAUACGUAUUUUCUACGAGAGUAGAGAUAUGGUUGAUCAACUGUCUUACAAGAUGCUGCUCAAGAAAGAAAAGGCCCAUGAAAUGGAUGUGAACUGUGUGCAAUGGAAUCCAAAGGAAGCAAUGCUUCUUGCUUCGGCAAGUGAUGAUGGGACUAUAAAAAUAUGGGAGCUGUCACAAGUUUCGAUAUAACAGUAUCGAUGUUUUCAAGCUCGAAAUAUAGUUUCGAUAUCCCCAUAUACUCGAUGCCAUUUGGCAUGCGAAAUAGUUUUGUGUACCAUCAAUGAAUGAAUCAUUGACUUGCAAGUAUAAUUGGCACUCAGCAGCAGUUGUCCAUUACUGAUAUGAAUCAGAUAAUAGUUGAAUGUAUCUAUGUAUGUGUGUGUGCGCGCGCAUGUGUGUUGAUUAUCGCAAGUGUAAUUGGCACUCAGCAGCAGUUGUCCAUUACUGAUAAUAGUUGAAUGUAUGUA